AUGUCGUUUGGUUUCACUUUCAUCAACUUGGAGGAAUUUGAAUCGGUUGAGACAGAAGUCAUGGAAGUUUUGGACGACGAAGGUUCCGUUGGCUCUUGGCACAUGGCUCCGUUAAUGGAAGGACAUGCUACUGAGUUGCUGGACAGAUUCUGUACAACAACCAUCGUUGCCACUCAUCUUAAGCUGAAUUCUGGGCAAACUUCAACACGUAGCGUCGCCUUUGAGUUGCGUGUUACAAGCGCUUUGUGA